AUGCCUCCGGAAUCCAAGAACAGAACUACCCGGCCGCUCGCGCCAAAGGCGGCGAACUCGCCGUCGAAGAAGCAGACGAAAUGGACGCCGGAGGAGGACGCGCUGAUCAUUGAGCUGCGCGGGAGAGGCGAGAAGUGGGAGGAGAUCAGUAAACGCCUCCCCGGCAGGUCCGCGCUGUCGUGUAGACUGCACUAUCAAAACUACCUGGAGCGCAGGCCGGAGUGGAAUGAGGAGAAGAAGGAUCGACUGGCUAGGCUUUAUGAGAGGUUCAAAUCCGAGAUGUGGCAGAUGGUCGCCAAGGAGAUGGAGAUCCCGUGGCGGGCGGCGGAGGCGAUGCACUGGCAGAUGGGCGAGGUGGAGAUGGCGCGGCGAGCGGGCGUCGUCCCGUUUUCGCAGAGCAGCGUGGCCAUCGACGCACCGCGGAGGCGUGGCACCGUCAGUUCCGGCAGCAGCAGUUCUGCCCACACCAACACCACCAACACCACCAGCAGCCGGCCCAAGAGCGCGAGUCCCGUCGAUGAAGCCGGUGGUUCCCGUGCGAAAUAG